GAUGUACCAGGUUAUUACAACCAAUCUGGUUUCUCGUUUUCUCUCAUCCCUUCUAUCUAUCAUUUGCCGAACUUACCCCCACAGAUCUGACGUAGUUACGAACAUAGAUAUAGAUAUGGUGUCUUUUUCACCCUUUGCUUUAUGGCCAUCAUCUUCAUGUUCGAGAUCUGGCUCCCAAAAGCGCUCAAGAAUUAAGUCAAGAUUUCCAUCAAAGAUUACAGGACGAACCUCAUAUACGAUAUACCGUACACAGAAUACUUCCCGUGAACAACUUCUUAUUCCUUCCGAUCGUAUCAUCGUCGAACCCACUCAAAGUCGUCAAGAGUCACGUCGAUCAUCACUUGGCCAAAAUUGGCACUUGUCAAACCACUCCAAAUGCACAAAACCGGAGGCAAACAAUUCAUAUAAGGAAUUUGGAAGUUAUUAUCUACUUACAGUGAUACCAAGACCUGCUCCCUCAACGGAAAGAUCACUAUCAGAUAAGAGAAGUUCGACAACAAUGGCGUCAAAUUUUCCAUCUUCUGCUGACGGAACGAACAACAUCUUUGGGGAAUCAUUUGGAUCUGCAACAAAAGAUGUACAUGGCGAACGACGCAGAUCAUAUGGCAUUGGUGGAGCGGGAAAUAUUCGCAGACCAUCCGAAGUGAUUUAUACACCAAGAGAGAGACGUAGGUCUAGUGCCUUCAGUAGUCCCUCAAUUUUUCCAUCAACCUCUCCCGACACGAAGAAAGAGAACUUCCUAUCAUGGCUUGGAAUCAGAGGUGGCAGAAAUUAUGAGAAAUAGUACUUGAAAGGCGUGAGAGAUGUGCUUUGAAAGGAAGGGAGAACACAAAAUUGAUGGUUGUGAUAUAUGAUGAUGAUGAUGAUGAUGACGAUGGGUUAUGGUGAGAGCAACUAAGCCAAUGAAAUGGGCUUGGGGUAUAAAAUGGGAGGAUUCGCAACAAAAAAGAAAAAGAUGAAAGCAGCAUUUCUUCCUAGUUGAAAAAUUCAUUUAAAAUGAAACUGAUCAUUUUGAGAUGCA